AUGUUGUUCAGACUUGUGUUUUGUCUAAAAGAUGGAGAUAUAUGGACUUCUGUCCCUGUGUUACGCUUCGAAGAUUAUCUGCACGAGGAUGAAGAAGUGGAUGAUAUGGAUUUGGCUCAUAUGCGCUUUGUCAACUUUGUGAAGAAUGUACUCAGUUUUCGUGACAACUCUGAUAUACAUACGCAUUAUCUCAACAGUGACAACAAUGGGGCGACUAUAGUUGAUGAUAUAUGUAAAUGGAUCGCCACUGCUGUCACCCAUAAUGUCCAGGAGUUAACUAUUAAGAUAUGCAUUGAUGAGGAUUUUUUUGAGAUUCCUGCUUGUCUAUGUACUUGUAAAUCGUUGACAAAGCUGGAGCUGGUUUUGGGUACUCUUUGGGCUGACGAGUGCAAGGUUAUUCUACCUUCUGCAAUGAGUUUACCUCGGAUCAAAUCGUUGGGUCUGCGCUUUUUUUAUCAAUUGAUUGGUAAAGAAAAAUUAGCAAAUAAGUUUUUUUCAGGAUUUCCUACCCAAUGGUCGUUGGACAGGGAUAGUCGCAGAUUAAACAAGGUGAAUUUUAAUAUUUUGAGUUUGCCCAAUUUAGAGUGGCUGGUAACUAGAGACUGUGGAUUUGAUGAUUUGAAUCUCAAUAUAUCUUUUCCUAAACUUAAUAUUUUGCAUUGA